UCACGGGAAAGUCACGUGACCUCAGUUGAAGAAUGGACGGAGACGCGUUGCCCUGUGCCAAUUGUAUCUCAUCUGUUUUAGCAUGUUUAAUUUUAGCCACCACGUUUGUAGGGAGUUUGUACGUUUGGAAGUCUCCCCAUUCCAGAAACCACCCUUCUGUCAUCAAGCAAAGGUUCCUUAGCGGUUUUUUUAUGACAUUCAUCUCACCAGUAUUCCUGUGGUUAUUUUUACCAAAGGAAAUUCUCCAGAAAAAUAGCAUUCCAGAAUUGCUGGGAUUUCGACUACCAGGAUUGAUUCAAGCACUAGUCAUACCUUUGUUACUGACUGUGAUUUUAUUUUUGGGGCAAGUAGCUGAUGCAGCUUUUAGAGGCUUUAAAAACAUUUUCUCAGAAAAAUCGAGUAAAACUGGCAAUGAUCAGUCAUGGGAUGGUUGUGAAACAGAUCCAAAUUUACCAAAUUUUACAAAUGCAAGUUUACCGUCAGAUUCAGAUGAGUGUCGGGACUUCUCUGAGCCACAGAUUUGGAUAUGGUUACGCAACUACAUAGUUGCACCUCUGUCAGAGGAAGUUAUUUUUCGUGCAUGCAUGUUACCUCUUUUAUUGACUUGUUUCAAGCCAAUGGCUGCUGUAUUCAUUUGUCCGCUUUUUUUUGGAACCGCUCAUUUCAACCGCUUAGCUGAGAGAGUCUUGGCGGGAGUUGACUUUAAACAUGCUUUCUUGUUUUCCUUUUUUCAGUUCAUCUAUACAACAAUAUUUGGUGCAUAUUCGGCCUACUUGUUCGUCCGCACCGGUCAUUUUGUCCCUUCAUUUCUAGCCCAUGUUUUCUGCAACAUUAUGGGACUCGCAGAUAUUAUGGAAAUCGUUUCGCUGCCAGAGCCUCGCAGGAGUAUAACAGCAGCUAUCUUUGUAAUCGGUUUCAUAUCAUGGUGCUACCUCCUAUCACCUUUGACCAGUCCAGCUCUAUACUCCAACAACCUGUUUUGGGCCGACAGCUUAUCGUGAAGGAGUGAUUUACUUUCGGGAGUCAAAACUUUUCUAGUCAGUGUGAAUUUUUUUUACAUAUGAGAAACCAGUUGCUUUAUGUUUUGAACCGUACCGUUGAUCAGUUUUAAGUUUACAGGCUUUGUCAAAACAUACAGGCGUAUGUUUUUGUUACUCUUUGCCGCGGACCCAGCUUGAUGUUUGUGGAAGCUUUCUUAAAAGAAAGCAUUCAAAAUACUGUUUAAUCUAUUAGACGUCAACAUCACCAAUUUUUUUUAAAAAAUAUCAAAUUUCUUUUAGGAGUAAGUGUUAAUUUUAAGUUUUUGAAAGCAGGGUUUGAAAAAAUCAAAUCACAGAUCUUUAUCUUCAGAGGAGAACGGCACGGUUUAGUUCAGAACGUCUGUUGAAACUGAGCAUGUGAUAAACUCCAGAAUAUAAGCGUUCUUCUGGACCUCAUCAACCUGAUUGCUAAAACCAAUUCUGGCUUGUGUAACAAGAUAAGGCCAAGCAUAGCCUUUUUUGUGCCGUGCAGUAUACAAUUUUUUAAUGUCCUGUCCUGCUGUCAUAAAUGUCAACAGUGAGGCCAAAGAGCUUAUCAGAAAAAGAUUUAACUAGGUUUCAACAUGAACUGCUUCAAUUAAGAAGUAACCAAUUUAAAGUUACUCAGAGAAUAGUUAUUAAAUUAAAAGCUAAACGCAUAGUUGAAACGAUCAUUCUCAAAAAGACCGAGGGUCAAAAAUGAAAAUAAGAGAAAAACAGAAGAAGCUGCAUUAAUGGGCCAGUUUAAAAUCUUAGAUUAAUUAAUAACGUCAUUAAUUACUCAAGGGCUUUGAUAUUUUAGACCCUGACAUUUGGAAAGUAUUGAUCAGAAUGGUUUUGUUUUUUUUGUAUUUUAAUUUCUAGCGCUUCAGUCUUCCUGAGAUUGACUGUUUCAAGUAUUUGUUUACCUGUGUGAAGUUUUCACCGUGUCCAGUGUACAGAAGGGAUAAACUCAAUAGAACCUGGUCAACCACCAAAGCGGAUUUGGCCAUUUUGAAGCACUGUGACGUCAGGAAGGUACGGUUUUUGCCAUGCAAUUCGAGGUUGAGCCGACUCCCCCGGCCUCGGCCGGCCCAUGUACCCGAUGUACCCGAUACCGUGUGACGUCCAGAGGGUACGAAAUGCGACCACCAUUCUUUAUCCGCCUUGGUCAACCACGUUCGUUCACUUAAACCAGUUGAAUAUUAACUUGCGUAAACUUGACGUACACUGUUUAAUUCGUGAAAAUGCAUUUCCUUCAAAUUUUGAAGGCGUCCAAAUAAAAAUCUGAACUAGAAGUACAUAUUUUGAUGGGGGAAAGAUUGUCAUCUUCUAACCAGUUAAAACCGUCAGUCAGAAAUAUUUUGACAGGUUCUAUUGUUCUGGAGUUCCCUCUCCACUUUCAUGGGUCUUUUCCUCUGCAUUUUGAAUUUUAUUUUUAUAUUGAGAUUUUCUUUUUUCAUUCAUCAAUUAUUUUCAUUUGGUUUAAGCAUCGGCAUAAACGGUAAGAUUUUUUUCUCAAUCGUUUCCCCUCUACAUUUUUGAGGGACAUUGCUUCAAAAAUCGACUUUACGUAGGUUGUGAGCGUUUCAUUGCUUUUUAUUUACCAUGGUGCCAAUUUGGAAAGGAUUCGACUUUAGAGAUCCUUCAAAAAAAUUUUCAGUGAUUAAAAAUUUGUGCCACCCCCAUACAUUUGAGGUAAGCAUGACAAAACGCACAACUCAUGUAAACUUUUUAAACUUUUCUAUAAGUCACGUGUAAGUUGGUUAGUAGCGAAGAGAAGAGGUUUAGAUUUUCCAAUUCUUUCUUUUUUUUCAGUGAUAAAAUAUUCCAGACGCACGCAGAUUUUCUCAACUACUGAGAAUAACCACUAGAAGUUUACUGAUUUAUUAUCAAUUAUGACAAAACAUUGCAUUUACAUGUUUUUAUAGUGCUAUGCUCUCAUGUACUGAAGCAGGCAUUUAACCUGCAUAUCUGUUGAGGUUUUAAUUCCUUGUAGGAAGGUAAACACAGGAUCAGUUACCUGUAACCCGCCAAGCAGGCAGGUCUGUAAACUUUUAAUUCUUAUAUAGAAUACUUAACUUACUGUUAGUUGAACUUUCUACUAACUAGGUGAUAUUGGGCAAUGUUCCCUUUUUAUGAUCGAUGGUAUCAUCAUGAGCCUCGACAAGCGUAGGGACCCUCAGCCCACCUUAGAGCCUGUUAUUGCGGAGGACGAAUUUGUAUUUGACCCUCUUAGAGGCAGCAGACAUGGUCAGCUUGAUUUGAGGUGUUCUUCACCCGCCCGGCAAUGGUUGCCAAAAGGGUUGCCGAAACUUUGAUGUAUGACCACGGUCAAAAGUGACGUUAUGAUGUUUUUCCUUUCAUGCUAUUGAUUUUCUACAACUCAUCUGAGGAGUGAGACUUCCAGAACACUUUCUAUUUUUAUACAAAUGUGCUUUUCUCUUUUAACUAGCAUGAUCUACCAGUCAGAAUUGUGACUUGAUUUAUAGUAAGUAUUUAACAGAACUUGGCGAUGUGAUAUAUUUCUUAAGACGACGCUGCCAUAAAAUAUAAUUAGGUUGUUUGAAUUAAUUAUAAAAAAAUCAUACUGAUUGGGAGGGAUCUAAUAUAGCUCUUAUUCAUUUGACAAGUUUUUCUCAGAGACUCAUUGUAAAAGUGGAUGGAUCUAAUCUAAAUCAGCCAAACACCACCAAAAAUUGCCUAAUUUUCUUGCAUGUCAUAUUUUUUCAAUAGGAAAAACAACAUUCUGAUUUGAAAUUUUUUAAGUAUAUUCUUCAGAACUCUGGAGAUGUUCAACGAAUUUCAAGGUGCUAUGGUGUUUAGUUUAAUGUUACAAGAGAUAAAUCAUGAGAGAAAAUUAGACAACAUGAAAUAUAGAAGACUAAUUUGCGUCAAAUGUGUCUAAUGUGGAAGUUAGCAUCCAUUCAGGAUGGCGCCUAAAGCUGAAUUACUGAUGCAUUGUUGCUUUCCUAUUUUGUUUUACUUGUAGGCUUUAAAUUCAAAGCUUAGUCAUUUGUUCUCAACUUCCAUGAAGAAUUGGCUUCACCACUUCUUUCAAAGAUUUCUUUUUUCAUAACGUACAAUUGAAUGUCUCCAAGAUCAUGUCCAUAGUUGGGUCAAUCUUUGUAGAGAACUGUCUUAAUGAAUGAAAAGUUCUUUUAUUUUAUUUUUCUUCUAAUUCUAAUUAAGUGUAUUUUUUGUUAACUGUGAGAAAUAUUUACCUUCAUUAUACAUUUCUAUAUUUGAAAUUAUAAUUAAUAUUUUUUGUGGAA